CUUGGAUCUCUUCCAAUACUUCUAGAAACUUUGUAGUCGUCAGGUUCAGGGCCUGGAAUGGUCCUGUAGAUUUGCUGAAUUGUACCAGCAGGGUUGGGGGCCCUAAGUUAGGGGCAGAUUGGCUACAUCGACUGGUACCUAUCCUACCACUCCAUCAUUCGAAGGUUUUGGAGGCCAAGUCAAAGGGUACAGAUACUUUGUGAGUCAUUGUUGCCAAGGAAAUGGUAAGAUUUCGUAGAAUUUUACUGACGACAUUGAUAUUCCACUGUCGGCACGGCACAGUUGACGAGCGAAGUAAGCGAACAAGCUAAAUAGCACAGCACUUCGGACGCCCCCAACGUUAAGCGUUGGCCAGUCUUUUUAUGACAGUAAUGUUUGGCUAGAAUUUUGUUGUGCAAAUUACAGUUUGUUUUGCAAAUUACGCUUUUGUUUUGCCACUUGCAAUUUGGUUUUUAAAAAUUUUUUUUUCUUCUUUUCAAACAAUAAGAGUGGUUUGUAUUGUCAUGUUGGUAGUAGAUUUCUCUUGAUGAUGAUGAUACGUGUAAAUAAAUGCGGGUCUAUAUUUUUGUGUGAGGUUCCAUUGUCAACCCACCAAAUGCGCCCUAUCUCAGGGUUAACCCAUGUUGAAGCUUGUGGGAAAAUACUAAGUUUAUCGGAUGAGCACUUUUUUGUCAGACAGUAACAAUCUGCAAAUGAUUUUUCCAUCAAAGAUGUCCAAGAUUUCAAACUACCAGUGCAAAGAGAAGAAAUCACUGCUGUCAAAAAUAAAUUCACAACAGCACCUUCAGCAUGCGGAUGUGAGAUGGAACUUGAAGCAAUAUGCAGGGACCUCCUUCAUGCCCACGACAGAACAGUGCCAUUAUCAUUUCAGGAAGCGGUGCAGUUGUUUAAAUGGCUGGUGCUGCAAAUAGUGCCUUGAAGAUGCAUUGUGUCAGGACUGUCCAGGGUAUUUUGCUCCAUUUUGAGAACAGGCUCCGACUUCUGUUUUUUGUGGUACACAGCACGUUGGACAGAUAUGAAGGAAUUAGAGAACACAUAAAUACGCUGCAAAAUAUUUUGACUAAUCAUUCAAAAGUUGCUCUGGUAAAGACUGGUGGGAUAAACUUUGUAGGCUUUCACCUGUCUGUUAAAAGAGCUCAAUUCAAUCUUCCAACCGACGAUGAAGCUUCUUCUGCUGUGUCUGUGUGUUGUUCUGGCUCACGCUCGACUGGCUCCUCUCCUUACGACCAACGGGCGUGCCGUACCCGACAGCUGGAUCAUAGAAGUCAAGGAUUUUGACCAGCUGGAGCGCUUGCAACAAGAUAUUGAGGACAUCUUCUCCACGUUCCGUGCACCUGCUCCCAGAAUCGACAAGCUCGAAAAACUCAUGCCAGUUCUGAUCCUCAAGAUUCCACAGCACAUCCUUACCCGGGUGCGUGCUAUUGAGGGUGUCGAGUACAUUCACCAGGACCCCAUCUUAACACUUUUCGGCUCACAAAAUAACCCACCAUGGGGUAUUGAUCGCAUUGACAGUCGCAGUGGAAGGGACGGUGUGUUCAACUACAACGAUGAUGCUCAGGGUGAAGGGGCGAACAUAUUCAUUAUGGACUCUGGCGUCAAUAUCAAUCACCAGGCAUUUGGUGGACGAGCUUCCCUUCUGUUUGGGGGUGAAGAUCAUGGUGGUCAUGGUACUCACUGCGCUGGCACAGCUGGAGCAGACAUCUACGGCAUCGCACGUAAAGCUAGAAUCUAUAGCUGCAAAGUGUGCGAUGGAGGGUGCGGGGGUUCUAUAAUUGCCAAAGCUUUGGAUACUAUUGUCCAAAAAUUCGGUUCCGGCAAUGGCAAGGGAGUGGUAUCAAUGUCCCUGGGCGGAGGGUAUAAUCUCUUAAUGAACUCUCUCGUCCAAAAGAUGCUCAACAAGGGGUACACGGUUUCCGUUGCUGCGGGAAACUCAAACAUCGAUGCCUGCCAAUUUUCACCAGCAGCAGUGAAAGGGGCACUCUCUGUUGGGGCCACGACUAGAAACGACAGACGUGCAUAUUUCUCCAACUAUGGCCCUUGCGUCGACCUCUUUGCACCUGGUGUAGGAAUCCUUAGUACAGCCCACUCGUCCGACACCGGAAGUAUGACUCUGUCAGGAACUUCAAUGGCAUGUCCUCAUGUAACAGGUGCCGCUGCUGUUUAUCUGGGAUUAAACCCAGGUUCAUCUCCGCGAGCGGUGCAUUAUGCCAUUGUGAAUAAUGCGACUCCCGACGUAGUGUCUGACGCCAAAGGAUCCCCGAACAAAUUGCUCUAUGUCCAGCCCUAAGUAUCUUCAGACCGUGGAUACCGGAGAUCAGCAUCAUAUGACAAGAUUUGGUAGGCUCGCCAGGCAGAAGGAAACAAUGGAUUAAGACGGCCCAAAUCCUGAAUCCAUAAACAAUGGAAAUGUAAUACCUCCUUGUUAACUUGUACGAAUUGGAUCAGUGAUGUUUGCAAUUUGGCUAAAUUUAUAAAGACCUGUGCAUUAUACAAGAAGUGGGCCUGUCAUGUGCAUGUCUUACCCAUAAAUGCUGCCCAGUUGAAUCUUGACUGUAAUGCAUGUAUUUUAAAGUUUUGUUCCUGAAAUUAUUUUCAUAAAAAGUCAUCAUUGCAAGGCACCUACACUAACUACAUGUACCCUUAAAGGAUUGGUUUUGUAAUCGGUAAGAACGUCAAAAAGACAAAAUAGAAAGACAACUCUUCCACCGCUCAACAAAAAUCUUGUAUUACGAUGUUCAAACUGAAAACAAAAUAAUAUAUAAUUUCACUAGCCUCAGUGAAUGAAAUAAAAAAACCUGCAUUUAAUAUGUAUCCGUUUAA